GUGUGUGUGUGUGUGUGUGUGUGUGUGUGUGUGUGUGUUUCUGAUCCUCAGGGAUGUGUCAUGGCAUCGGUUCGGGUGGCAGUGCGGGUCCGGCCCAUGAACAGACGGGAGAAAGACCUGUCUGCCAAAUGCAUAAUCGAAAUGGAAGGCAACAAAACCACCAUCACCAACUUAAAAAUACCAGAUGGAGUGACUGGAGACUCUGUAAGAGAGAGAACAAAGACUUUCACGUAUGAUUUCUCUUACGACUCUUCGGACUGUAAAAACGCCAGCUUUGUCUCACAGGAGAAGGUGUUCAAGGAUCUGGGCACUGAUGUGUUAAAGGCAGCGUUUGAAGGAUAUAAUGCCUGCAUCUUUGCUUACGGCCAGACUGGAUCAGGGAAGUCACACACCAUGAUGGGCAUCCCUGGUGACGUCGGGCUGAUCCCACGGAUCUGUGAAGGAUUAUUCAGCCGAAUUUCAGGAAUGACUCGGAGAGAUGAAGCCUCUUUCCGUACAGAGGUCAGCUACUUGGAGAUUUACAAUGAACGGGUGCGGGACUUGUUAAGGAGAAAGAUGGCAGAGACGUAUAACCUCAGAGUCAGAGAGCAUCCUAAAGAGGGACCCUAUGUAGAAGACCUGUCGAAGCACCUCGUGCAGAACUAUAGUGAUGUGGAGGAGCUGAUGGAGGCGGGAAACAUCAACCGCACGACUGCCAGCACCGGCAUGAACGACACUAGUAGCCGCUCACACGCCAUCUUCACCAUCAACUUCACACAGGCUAAGUUUGAUGCUGUGAUGCCGAGUGAGACAGUCAGUAAGAUUCACCUGGUGGACCUGGCAGGAAGUGAGAGGGCCGAUGCCACAGGGGCCACGGGUGUCCGGCUCAAAGAGGGCAGCAAUAUCAACAAAUCACUGGUCACUCUGGGCAAUGUCAUCUCCGCCUUAGCUGAUCUGUCACUGGAAGGAGCGAACAGUCAUUUGAAGAAGAAGCAGGUGUUUGUUCCUUACAGAGACUCAGUGCUCACGUGGCUCCUGAAGGACAGUCUGGGAGGAAACUCAAAGACCAUCAUGAUCGCUACUAUAUCGCCUGCGGACGUCAACUACGGCGAGACGCUGAGCACGCUGCGCUAUGCUAAUCGUGCUAAAAACAUCAUCAACAAACCCACGAUUAAUGAGGAUUCCAACGUUAGACUUAUACGAGAACUGCGGGCAGAGAUUGCUCGGCUGAAAGCGUUGCUCACGCAGGGAAAUCAGAUAGCGCUGCUCGAUUCCCCCACAGCGUUAAGUAUGGAGGAGGAACUGCACCAUAAUGAAGCUAUGGUGUUGGAGCUGACCAAGGAAUGGACGAACAAAUGGAAUGAAACGCAGAACAUCCUGAAGGAGGAAACUCUGGCUCUAAGGAAGGAGGGAAUCGGAGUGAUCCUGGACUCAGAGCUGCCUCAUCUCAUCGGGAUUGAUGAUGAUCUGCUCAGCACCGGCAUCAUUCUCUAUCACUUAAAGGAGGGAAGGACAUACGUUGGCCGUGACGAUGCCACUAACGAACAGGACAUCAUUCUUCAUGGUUUGGGUCUGGAAAGUGAGCACUGUCUGAUAGAGAAUCAGAAUGGAACGGUCACUCUUAUUCCUCUGAAUGACGCUCAAUGUUCAGUCAAUGGAGUUCAGAUCACUGAGCCCUGCCAGCUCAACCAAGGUGCUGUCAUUCUCCUCGGCAGAACCAAUAUGUUCAGAUUCAAUCAUCCUAAAGAGGCGGCUAAACUUCGAGAAAAGAGAAAGAGCGGCCUCCUCACCAGCCUGAGCUUAUCCAUGUCUGAUCUGUCCAAAUCCUGUGAAAACCUCUCCACAGUCAUGCUGUAUAACCCUGGACUAGAGUUUGAAAGGCAGCAAAGAGAAGAACUGGAAAAACUGGAAAAUAAAAGGCGGCUGAUAAAAGAGAUGGAGGAAAAGCAGAAGUGUGAGAAGGCGGAGCUUGAGCGCAUGCAGCAGGAGGUGGACUCUCAGAGGAAGGAGUCUGAGCAGGUGCAGCUGUGCAUCCGCAGACAGGAGGAGAGCCUGCGCAGACGCAGUCAGGACAUCGAGGACCGCCUCCGAGACUUGAUCGCUGAGAAAGAGAGAUUUCAGGAGGAGAGACAGAGAGAGCAGAAGGAACAGGAACAGCAGAAGCAGAGGAGACUGCAGCCGAAGCAGAAGCUGGAGGAGGAGGAGGUGCAGGAGGAGGAUCUGGAGGAGGAUGAAAAGGCUCAGGCCCAGCGAGAUCGAGCAGAACAAACCGAGCUCCUUCGUGAGCUGGAGCGACUCAAGCGAGAGCGCGAGGAGCAGGCCAUCAAACUCAGGCUGGAACACAGGCGUCUGGAGGAGCGAGAGAAGGAGCAGCUGAGUCUGGUUGGGCGUCUGGAGGAGCAGCUGAGGGAGCGCAGCGAGGAGGCGGCCGCCCUGCUCACGCCGGAUGAAGCGCGCCGACUGGAGGAGGAGAGACAGACGCUCACCGAGCUCAGGGAGGAGCUGCUCAGAGCGAAGGAGGCGCGGAUCGAUGGAGAGGAGGAGGGCGGGGAGGAGGCCCGGAGGAGCGCGCAGGCACAGUAUGAACAUUUCAAACAGAUGCAGGUGGAGGAGCUGAGUUUGCUGGAGGAGUCACUGAUCCAGCAGAAGGACCGGCUGGAACGGGAGGUGGCCAAUGAACGCACGUCACUCGGCCUGCUGCUGCACACACACAAGGACAAACAGAGACAGGUCUGUGAUAUGAUGGAGCGUGGCGUUCAGGACGUGUCCUCUCUGGGUCAGGAGGAGGUUCUGAUCCAGCAGGCCGAACACAGGCUGCAGUUUAAAGAGAGACAGCUCCAAUCUCUCUGUGAGAAACAUCUCCCCGCUGUCUCAGAGGAGCGGCAAAGAGCCACUGAGCUACUGGAGAGAGUUAGAGGAGGAACAGGGUCUCCUGGUUUGGACAGAAGUCCAGAAGCUAUGGACAAAGAGCUGGAUGAGACACUAUAUCAGGUAGAGAAGGAGCUGGAGGAGAAGGAGGAGCGUUUGUCUCAGUACAGCGCGAGCGCAGAGCAGUUGCAGCAGCUCCAGCAGUCGUACGAGUUCACGGCAAACGUGGCCCGUCAGGAGGAGAAGGUCCGCAGGAAGGAGAAGGAGAUCCUGGAGUGGAAGGAGAAACAGCAGCGGGAGGCUCUGGAGCAGGCGGUCGCGCGCUUAGAGAGGAGACACUCCACUUACCGCAGGAGCCUCAGUCUGGAGCCGGACGCCGAAGGGCCCCAAAAGAGGUCACAGUCCGCUCUAGGACAGCGCACUUCCAGGUUUAGAGGAACACAAGACCUGGACCAGGAGUUCACGGCAAACGUGGCCCGUCAGGAGGAGAAGGUCCGCAGGAAGGAGAAGGAGAUCCUGGAGUGGAAGGAGAAACAGCAGCGGGAGGCUCUGGAGCAGGCGGUCGCGCGCUUAGAGAGGAGACACUCCACUUACCGCAGGAGCCUCAGUCUGGAGCCGGAUGCCGAAGGGCCCCGAAAGAGGUCACAGUCCGCUCUAGGACAGCGCACUUCCAGGUUUACAGGAACACAAGACCUGGACCAGGACAGGAUGGAGCGAGAGAUCGCGCAGCUGAAGCAGAGGAUCAGUGAGAGUGAAGGAAGCGUGCGGAGUCUCAGUGUGAGUGGGGAAGAAAAAAACAAUGUGAACCAGUCGCCCGUCAGCCCCAUACAGACCCUCCCGACUGUCCUGUCUAUAGGAGACGAGAGGAUUAACGUGUAUAUUGAAGAAGAGGUGCAGCGCAGGCUGCAGAAACUGAACCUGCGGAAUAGAGAGAAUAACAACACACUCUCACUGUCUUCAGAUUCACUGCAGGACAAUGAUAAAAAACGCAUUGAUCAACGCAAACUGAAAUAUGAGCGGCUGGUGUCAAUUCCUCUGGAUCCGAGUCCAGAGAGUCUUAAAGAUCCAGUCAAGAUCAGUAUUCCCCGUUACGUCCUUUGCGGUCAGGGAAAAGAUGAACACUUCGAGUUUGAAGUCAAGAUCACUGUUUUGGAUGAAACGUGGACGGUGUUCAGAAGAUACAGUCGUUUUCGGGAAAUGCACAAAUCUCUGAAGCUGAAGUAUCCAGAGCUUGCGGCUUUGGACUUCCCUCCCAAAAAGAUUUUUGGGAACAGAGAUGAGCGAAUGGUUGCGGAACGCCGGAAUCAGUUGGAGCAAUACCUGCGGAAAUUCUUCCAUGUGAUGAUAUCAUCCUCCUCUUCUUCUCCUCUGAGAACAGACGAGUUUGGACUACACCUCUCUAAACACGCCGUGUGCAGCAUCUCUCCUUUCUUUAAGAAGGGAGUGUUUGACUACAGCAGUCACGGGACGGGCUGAUACACACACACACACACACACUCCAAUUAAAAAACACUCAUUUACAUAAAUACAAACUGACUGAU